AUGGGGGAUUUGGUUGCUGUUAAGGUACAAAGGCCUUAUGUACUUGAAACAGUAACUGUUGAGUUAUUCAUCAUAAGGAACUUAGGAUUGGCUCUUCGACGUUUUCCUCAGAUAUCUUUGGAUGUUGUUGGGUUAGUUGAUGAAUGGGCUGCACGUUUCUUUGAGGAGCUUGACUAUAUUAAUGAGGGUGAAAAUGAAACAUAUUUUGCAGAGAUGAUGAAAAAAGACCUUCCACACUUCUCCAGUUCCAUAUUUUUAUCCAAUUUAUCUUCUGAUUCUGCUGAUCUGGCGAGAGAGAAGAGACGAAUCCAGAUGUGCACAGAUUUACAAAGAGGUUUUAAUUGUGGGGAAGCUGGUAAUUUUGGAACCCCAAAGUGGCUUUCAAUGGCUAAAGAGGCUGCAGUGCGCAGAGCUACCAUGAAUUUUCUUCCUAUGCUUUCACAUCAACAGCUGCUUUACCUGCUUACCAUGUCAUUUAUUCCAAGGAAGGGUAAAUUGGUAAUAUUCUUUAAAUGUAUUUCAAUGGCAGAGACAUUACCAUGUGUAGCUUGUGGUGUUCUUGGUUAUCCUUUCAUGUCUGUUAUACAACCAUCACCAGAAGUGUUGUUUGAUAACAUGCCAAUGAAGGAUGAUGCCAAGGAUGAGUCUCUUGAAGCUUCAACAUGUUCAUCUAAAGUGAAUGUUGACAAUGGAUGGAACAUGAGUAAUGGGUAUUUAAGACCUAGAAUAUUCUGUUUAGAGCAUGCAAGCAAAGUUAAAGAGUUGUUGGACUCCAUAGGUGGAUUUUAUAAAAGAAGCUUUUUAAAGAGGUUAAGUGGAGAAGGUAACAAUAUGUUUGUUUCUUUAAUGAAUAAUGAAUCCACAAUCUCCUUGCAGCCUUUUCCUCUACAAACCAAUUCUCUUUUUGAUAGUCAUGCAAAUGCACAUCUUGGGGCAUCUAGUCCUAUUAGAAUUGGAAGUAUCCCAAGGCACAUUAAUAUACAUAUUCAUGAUGGAAUAGGUCCAAGGGCAACUAAUGUUGAAUCAUCAAAUCAAGCAAAUGUUGAUCUUCUAAUGUUGUUCUUUUACAAUGUUGUUCUUUUACCGAUGGUUGGAAUUGGACCUAAAGUUGGUUGCUGA